CUGGUAGUCCCAUUACCACUGACUAACGAUGUGAUUUUGUUGGCUGUCUCUAUUCGGAAGAGAAAACCCUUUCCUCCAUCCACCCACUACAUGCUACAUAGGAUGCUCUUUUGGGCUCUCAGAUUUGCUUCUUCUUAGAACAACGGAGGACAAAGAACAUUCACAUCUGUGACUGUAUUUUCUGUAAAGAUGAGAGGGGGUUUGUGGCAACUUGGGCAAUCAAUGACCCGUCGUCUUGCCCAGGCUGAUAAGAAGACAGUAGCUCGUCGAUACUUUUCCGCAGAAGCAGAGCUCAAAAAGACAGUUCUUUAUGACUUCCAUGUUGCUAAUGGCGGGAAGAUGGUGCCAUUUGCUGGAUGGGGCAUGCCCAUCCAAUACAAGGACUCAAUCAUGGAUUCUACCUUGAAUUGUAGGCAGAAUGGUAGCCUUUUUGAUGUCUCCCAUAUGUGUGGGUUGAGCCUCAAGGGGAAGGACUGCAUACCUUUCCUUGAAAAACUUGUCAUUGCUGAUGUUGCUGGGUUAGCCCCUGGAGCUGGGACACUAACCGUCUUUACAAAUGAAAAGGGAGGAGCAAUUGAUGAUUCGGUGAUUACAAAGGUGAAGGAUGAUCACAUAUACCUGGUCGUCAAUGCAGGGUGUAGAGAUAAGGAUCUAGCUCACAUUGAGGAGCAUAUGAAGGCAUUUAAGGCCAAAGGUGGGGAUGUCUCAUGGCACAUACAUGAUGAGAGGUCUCUUCUUGCUCUCCAGGGUCCUUUGGCUGCUCCAACUCUUCAGCACCUGACAAAAGAAGACUUGAGCAAGUUUUACUUUGGAGAGUUCCGAAUGUUGGAUAUCAAUGGAGUGCACUGCUUUCUAACUAGGACAGGGUACACUGGUGAAGAUGGUUUUGAAAUCUCAGUGCCUUCAGAGAAUGCCUUGGAUCUUGCCAAAGCAAUCUUGGAGAAAUCUGAAGGAAAGAUAAGGUUGACUGGUCUGGGUGCUAGAGACAGUCUCCGACUUGAAGCUGGGCUCUGCUUAUAUGGUAAUGACAUGGAACAACAUGUAACUCCUGUAGAGGCAGGACUCACAUGGGCCAUUGGGAAGAGAAGAAGGGCUGAAGGUGGUUUUCUAGGUGCUGAGGUGAUACUUAAGCAACUCGAAUCAGGUCCACCUGUCAGGCGUGUUGGGUUUUUCUCUUCAGGACCACCUCCCAGAAGCCACAGUGAGAUUCAGGAUGACAAAGGAAAAGGCAUUGGGGAAGUCACCAGUGGAGGAUUUAGCCCCUGCCUUAAGAAGAAUAUAGCUAUGGGGUAUGUGAAAUCGGGAUCACACAAGGCUGGCACCAAAGUUAAGAUAGUUAUUCGAGGAAAGGCCUAUGAUGGGGUUGUUACAAAAAUGCCAUUUGUACCAACAAAAUACUACAAGCCAUCAUAAUUCAUGCUUGGUACAUCAACUCCAGGAUUUCCUAAUCGGUUCACUCCCAGUCUUUCGUAAUUUCCGCUUUCUAUUUGCAAGAAAUCUGUGAUGAAAUACAAUGUUUUGCUUUUGUCAUUGCUUUCUGAAGUUUCACAUAUUAUUAUUUGCAAUUUACUGAAUAUACAACUGGUGAAAAUGAAUGCAAGAUGAUGCCGGAUAA